UAGACUGACUGACAUUGACAAAUCAUUUGCAAAAAAGUAUCAAUUUAUUCAUUCGUCUUUGUUUUUAAAUUUCCUAUAAAUUCAAAAAACUUUAAUUCUUAUGUACACUCUCGAAUCGCCGUUACUUCCGCAAUUACGUAUCAAUUGUUGUUAUAUAGGUAGUACAAUUAGAAAUGUCUCAAGCACGUUUUGCCAGUUGUAUUCCUUUACCUUUAGAACACAAAGUGCUUGUAAAUGUGAUAGAGAAAGCUAAAGACUGGGCUCUAAUGCACGGGGUUGGGAUGAGAGAUAAGAAACAUUUUACUAAAGAUGCCAUACAGAUUGCACCAUUUGUAUUACUACCAUCGCCAUUCCCGCGAACUGAGUUCACAAAAGCUAUAGAACUACAGACGGUGUUGAAUGAACUCAUGCAUAAGGUGGCACAUAAUGAGGAAUUCCUGGAGCACACACUACAAAAUGCACUGCAAGUAGACGAGUUCACAGCAAACCUAUACGACAUAUGGGUUAAAGUUAGAAAUGAGGGCAUUACACAGCCGAUAUCGCUAGGCAUGCUGCGCUCGGACAUCAUGUUGGAGUCGAGGUGUCCACACACAGAGAAUCAGUGCGCCAAACACACACCGUACUGCUCGUGGAAACAGGUCGAAAUCAACAGCAUAGCGUCCGGGUUCGGCCAUCUUGGCCCUUCCGUCAGCCUCGGCCUCUUCCGCUCUGACUACCUGAUGCACACCGCGGACCAAAACCGUAUCAAGCAAGUGGAGUUUAAUACGGUCGCAGCGAGUUUUGGCGCCAUCUCGUCGAACCUUCCCGCGAUGUCUCGCUACAUCCUACGACAAUUGAAUCGUGGAGAUUUGAUUAAAAAUAUGCCGGAAAACCGCGCGCUCUCCGGUCUUUGCUCAGGCAUCAUCGAAGCUUACGACUUAUUCGGAAUACCGUCCGCUGUGGUGCUGUUUGUGGUCGAGGAGGUGUCCUACAACAUCUGCGAUCAGAGGUUCCACGAGUUUGAAAUCUCUGAAACACGGCCUGAUAUUAUGAUAUUCAGAAAAACAUUAAAUGAAAUAUACGAAGAGACUGAAUUAAAUGAUAAAAAGCAACUUAUUUUGGAUGGCCAUCCGGUGGCGGUAGUGUACUACCGUUCUGGGUACGAGCCGGCGCAGUACCCGAGCUCGCGCGAGUGGGACGCGAGGCUUCGCGUCGAGCGCUCCACUGCAAUAAAGUGCCCAUCGAUCCAUUACCAGCUGGCUGGCACGAAGAAGGUACAGCAGGCGCUGGCCGCGGCGGGCGCCCUCGAAAGGUUCAUGGGCUCGAGCGCGGCUACCACCCGCGUCCGGGACAUAUUCACCGGACUCUACUCCUUGGACUUUGAUGAGAAUGGAGAGAGAGCAGUAGAGAUGGCCAUCGCUGAUGCUGAGAGGUUCGUGUUGAAACCACAACGCGAAGGAGGCGGUAACAAUCUGUACGGUGAAGAGGUGCGCGACGCCCUACUGCGCAUGCGCCAUAGUCGAGAGCGAGCCGCGUACAUACUCAUGGAACGAAUUCUACCCCCACUGGUGUCAGGGUACGUGGUGCGUCCAGGCGCGCCUGUUCCACCCCAGGUGGUGGAUCUGGUGUCUGAGCUUGGGAUCUUCGGUGUCAUCAUAGGUACAAAGGACAAGAUCAUCAGUAACCGUCAAGUAGGACACAUGCUUCGCACCAAACUGGCGGACGCGGACGAGGGCGGCGUGGCGGCUGGUCUUGGGGCCCUCGACUCGCCGUACCUGAUCGAUAUGUAGCCACAGACCAUCCUAUAAUUCUAAUUAAUUACCAUUCUAAGACUACAUUCGCAUUAUAAUGAUGAUCAGAGCCUCUAGACAAAUGACAAACGAAUUCAUUUAUUCAUUUAAUACAUUUUAAGUUAUAUAAAAAAAAAGGGUCCAUAGUUAAAAUUAAAAUGUUAUGAACCAAUAACAUUAUGGAAUGCAAUAAGAAAUAAAUAAUUAUGAGUCUAGAUAAUUGAAUGGAUGCCAAGCAAACGAUGCUAGGUUCGCUUAGUUUAGUUCUCGGUGUGUUCAGCGCAUAAAGCAAGGGACCCCAGCCUGUAUAUAAUAAUGUAAAAUUUAUAAUAAAUUAGGAUAAAUGUUGCCAGUAUUUUAUUCUAACACAAGAAAUGGACAACGUAACAUAUAACAACUAUAAAUAGUUUAAGUAUUGUAAAUUUAUUAUAAUAUGGUUCACACUGAGAGCAUUGUAGCAGGGUGCGAGUGUCACAGCCAUUCACUAGAAAAUAUUUUGUUGAAUUCGUAACUUUAAUAUUAAUACCAAUUACCAGAGGGAUACUUUGUACAAAAGUCGAUAGCUUGGGCACCUCUGUCCCAUUCGUGUAUCUACCGUGAAGCAGUUGUGUUUGCAUGGCUGUGUUUCGGUUUGAAGGGUGGCAUAUGGCGUGAAUUUACCGGGUACAGAGGAAUAACACCCGAGUCCUCAGGAAUGGCAACGCAUGGGGGGUAUCAUGGGCCAAACAGUAUACUCUGUUAUGUCCAUGGUACUGCUCAUGUCUAUAAGCGACGGUUACCAUUUUCCAUCCGGUGGGCCGUCAACUUGUUUGCCAUUCUAAGUAGUAUAAAAAAAAUACUUUUUUUUUUAUAAUUGUCCUGAUCCAACACCCACAACACGCCAAGACAUUCUAAGAUAAACGAAUACAAAGCUUAUCCUAAUUUAGAAUAUUUUGACUCCAUUAUCACAGAUUAUCCAUAGAUACAGUAGCCAGGAGACUGUACAAAAGUCGCUUGAUCAGGCACCUCUGUCCCAUUCGUGUUUCUACCGUGAAGCAAUUGUGUUUGCAUGGCUGUUUUGGUUUAAAUGGUGAGAUAUGGCAGUGAAUUUACAGGGUACAGAGGAAUAACACCUGAGUCCUCAGCUCAAAGCUUUAUUAAUCGGUAUUAAUCGAAUAUAUUGUUUUAUUUUAAAUAUUGUUUUAGAAAGUUUUAUAUAUAUAUAAAUAUAUAUACACACAAAAUAUUAGAUUCUAAUGGGUAAUAGAAAAUACUAAUUACAUUAUUUUCCUAGAAAAGGCUGCAUGAAUUUUGCUUCGAAUUUUCAUCUUUAUUUUUUAUUUUAAUUCUAUCGUCUAUUUUAUAGUGAAAUUUUCUAUUUAAUUUUAAAUAAAGAAAUAAAUAUUUUUUUUUAAAUUCAGAAUGUAUUUAUCAUAGUUCCUAUAUUUUAAUUACUGUGUCUACAUAUUAUAAAUUAUUUUUAUAUCUGUUCACAAAGGACAAUGUUGCCAUGUAUUAUUUAUAUUGUUUCCGACACUAACAUUCCGUUAUAAAUGUAAUUCUUUGAAUUAUUGUACGAAUCGUUUAUAUAAUUUGAACAAAUUAAUUAAUAUUGUAUUUUUUUUUUAUAAAUAAUUACCUAAUAUUAAUAUAUGAUAAUAAAAUUGUUUAUUAAUACAUAUGUGUUAUGCCAUAAUUGAAAUGAUUCAGGAGUGAGUGAAUUUUUAUUCUUUAUUAAUUUUACCAGAUUACACUAUAUAAAAUUCUUUUUAAAGGGAAGGGCGAGUGCUGGGCACUUAAAAGUGGCAUUAUGUAUUCUCAAACAAGUCUUUGCACCUAGUUAAAAUCCCGCCCGACCUUCCUCUAAAUACGCGUGACCAGGAUGAAAAGUGUGUCCUUCUUCAUCACAAAUUUCAUAACGAUUUGCUGAGCUGUCAAUGCGCCAAGAAGUGAUAAAUAAACAAUUUCAUAUUUAUAAUAAAAUAUGAACAUUACGAUUAACCCGCAUAAAUAUAUAGGCGUAUUUUUGGGGAAGGGCACUUCAGAAUUGUCUGAUACCUACUACUACCUCCACUUCUCCAAAAUCAUGAGCGGCUGUGAAAAAGACAUGUCUAAGGGUAAAUAAAUAUCCUUCCCUGAAAAAUAAAUACGCCAAUACACAAAUCCACUUAUAGAGUACCUCUAAUAAACCAGUUUAACCAUAUAUGUUUUGUCACUUUCUUUCAAGUUAAAUAUUGAAUUGGAAAGAAAAAGACUAAACUAUAAAAUAGCUAAUGUUUAUUAAAACAAUGAUAUUAUACGAAAGAGGAUUAUAUGCAUUUAGUUUGUUUAUGAAAAAUUGGAAUAAAAAAUGAGAGAAAUUAAAAACAAUUGACUUAAUUCGAAUAAAAAAAAGUAAAGACGUUUUUUCUCAAAUAUUUUGUGUAAUAUUUUAUGAUAAUGAGCUAGAGAUAGAAUGUAUCCAAUUAGUGUAAUGUUAAAUUUGGUGCUGUGUACAAUACAGAAAUUGUUUUAUACAUUUUUAAUUAUUAAGACGAUUAAAAUACUAAUAAUUA